UUUAGCUUUAUUUUACCCUUCCUCGGGCUCACCGGCGUGUAAGUAUGACAGCCGGAGUUGGUUCCGUGCGUUAGAAGUCGCUAAAUGAGGUGAAGAUUACAACGUUACACUGCCGGUGGCUCGUCGGCGGCAAGCUCUCUCUGUGGGCCCGGUGGGUGAAAUUUAUGAGUUCCGAGUGGAAGAUUUCACCCCAGGAGGAGGCAAACAGGGGAUGUCUGAGGAGGCUGUCCGCCAAACUCGCAGCCAGAAGAGGGCGCUGGAGAGGGAGGCCCCCCCACAGUCUGUAGACCUCUCUAAUGCUGACAAUGAAAGCAAAAAACCUAAAUUGGACCCUUCUGAACCUGUGUCAGGGACACAAACUGAGCCCAAGCCUGACCUUUUACUGGCACAGGACGCACAGAGCCGGACUAGACCCGGAUUAGAUCCUGAAACGGAGCCGGAGCCAGAGCAGAGUCGGUUGCCAUUACCUUUAGCAUUACCCCCGACCUCCCAGUUGGUGAAGGACGAUCGGGAUCGGACACAGAGACACCAGACGGUUGAGUCCAGCUCAGACAAUCAAAUUCAUUGCAAUGACAGAGCAAAGAUUGAGCCGGCUAUGGACCCACGGAGCCGACUCCGGCAGACCGAGUCGAAGACCUCAGGUGGGAUACUUGCUGCAGGUGAGGUGAAGGCAACGAUUAAAGUGGAAGUUCAGACUGAGCAGCCAGUGGACAUGAGCACCACCAAAGGUAUAAAAAGGGAGAAACGCCCCCCGUCCCCUGAAGAUGACGACGUCAUCAUCUUGUCUGAUAACGACUCCCCGAGUCCACCGAUGAACGGCAUGAGUCACUUUAAGGAGCUGGACAUGGACCUGCUCAUGAAGAGCAGCCCAGCAGAAAGAGAGCGCAUCAUCAAGCAGCUGAAAGAGGAGCUGAGACUAGAGGAGGCCAAGCUGGUGCUGCUGAAAAAACUUCGACAGAGCCAAAUACAGAGGGACACUCAGCAGAAGCCCUCAGGUUUAUCCGGUUCCUCUGCUCCUCCUCCUCUAAUUCGAGGAACAAUUACAAGCAAUAAAGGCUCUCAGCAGAUUUUGACAGGAAGAAGUUCGGGGACAGUCAUCCCUCCCCCUCUGGUCAGAGGAGGACAGCAAGUGUCGUCCAAACACGGCUCCCAGAUCAUUAUGCCACCUCUGGUUAGAGGGGCACAGCCCAUCUCUGUAUCUCCACAGCAGAUCCACGCUCUACGCCAGCAGCAACAACAGCAGCAGUUAGCAGCAACUGGAGGUUCAGGAUCAGGGCCACCUCCUCUGUUGCUGGGGCCCAGGAACUCGGCAACCACAGCCCAGAGAGGCAUGGUCCAGUCAGGCCUCAUCCGGAUUGGCAACAGUUCAAAUGCACUGGCCUCGCCUUCCGGUGUAAAGGGCUCCUCCUUAGGAAGCGGCGGCGUUUCUGUGGUUGGCGUUAAUGACUCUCCAGCCAGCCGCCAGGCUGCAGCCAAACUAGCCCUGCGGAAACAACUGGAGAAGACUCUGCUGGAGAUCCCACCACCCAAGCCACCUGCGCCAGAGUUUAACUUCCUGCCCUCUGCAGCCAACAAUGAGUUCAUUUACCUGGUGGGACUGGAGGAAGUAGUGCAGAACCUGCUUGAUACCAUCCACAGAGGAAAAACAGGUGUACCACUGUCUAAGCAAGUUGCCCGAGACCCUUUUAUCUGCACCCAGUGCAAUACUGACUUCACCUGUCGCUGGAGGCAGGACAAGGCUAAAGGCGGCGCUGUGCUCUGUGAAGACUGCAUGUCGUCCAAUCAGAAAAGGGCUUUGAAAGCUGAGCACACCAAUAGGCUGAAAGCUGCAUUUGUCAAAGCACUGCAGCAGGAGCAAGAAAUAGAGCAGCGUAUUAUUCAGCAGGCGUCCUCACCGGUCUCCCACGGUACCUCAUCAUCUGCCGCUUCGUCACUGAAGGUAGAGCAGCUGGUGUCUCAGCAGCUGAAGCAGGCUCAGGCCAGAGUGUCCUCCAUCCAGCACCACCACCAGGUCAGCAGGGGAGCAAACAUUCUCCAUCAUCACUCCAUUAAGCAGAGCUCUCAGGGCCACCUGUCCCACGGCAUCUCCUCUGUUGGGGUGAGGGGCGUCCCCCACUCGUUCUCCUCCUCUUCGCAGCUGCAGAGUGCAGUGGCGGCAGCGGCUUUGGUCAGCCGGCCAGGUAAGCAUGCCCAUGUUUCCCACCGCUCUGUCCAGAGUUCAAAGGUGAGCAGCAGUGGGAUCGGCGGCGGCAGGAAUGUCAGCGGAGGUAGUGCCUCAUCAGCUGCAUGGAAGAAGCAGAGCAGCAGUAACUCAGGAGUAACUAUGGCCUACGUGAACCCGAGCCUAACCGGUCACAAGACCUCGGCCACCGUGGACGCCCGUCAGAGGGAGUACCUGCUGGACAUGAUCCCCUCUCGCUCUUCGAUCUCGCAGACUGCAAACACGUGGAAAUAAUUGCAUUAACAGUGCUCUGCUGAUCAGAAGUUGUGUCCAAGCUUCCCGGCUCUGAUAUUAUGGUCUCCAGCGCCCCCACAGGACUGUUAAGCAAUUACAAUCUCUCAAGUGAAGAAACGUUCCUGAAAUCUCUUUGUAAGAUUUUAUGUUUAAGUUUUUAUUAUUCUCGUUGUUUAUUUUGAGGUUCACGCUAUUGUUUUGAUAAUUAUGCACAAUCCAUUUUUAUUUGAGUGGGUCAAAGAAAAAACUAAAUAAAAUGAAACCAUACUUGAAGGGCUUCCCCUGAGCUUUGUCCUCCAGACUGAGCAGAUAAAUUGUGAGAAGAGCUUAACAUCUGCUGUUAAAGAGAAGUACUGAGUUUUAGGGUUAUCAGCCCUAUAUGCCAUUAUAGCUCUCAGAUGAAUCCUGUUUUUUGACGAUUGAAAGGUUCCAGUUUUAACCCAGGAGUUCACAUUAAACAAAAUACGCAUUUCUUUUAGGUAAUGGUAAAAUCAGCAAGUUGUAAAAUUUUCCUUACAUCCUCUCUGUGUAGUCAAAGGUUGGAUUUUACAUUGUAUUUACAGUAAGUUAUUUUACUUUUGACGGAUGUUAAAAAUCACUCAGUAUGACGGUGGUUUCCACUGAUGGAAAAGUUUAUUCUAGCUUUGUUUUUUUUUGUUUUUUUUCCCCAGUUUAACAGCAUGCCUAUCCCUUACGCCUGUUUUGCACCUUAGCAGAAAAAGUGUGGUGUCAUUGCUUAUAAUUCAUCUGUAAUUACCAUUUGCUUAUUUUACAUUAUUGUCAACAUUUCGAUUAUGUCAUCACUGCAAACUCUGACGGAGCUGAAUCUUCAACACUGGGUCCAGAGCUCUUGCCUCCAACAAUUCAAAAUCCAUGACACUGGGUGGACGUUGCUCUUACUCUGUUCCUGUAAGAAACGUCUUCCAGGUACCAAGACUCGGGACUAUAAAUGAACAUCCAGAAUUCCUCACCUGUAUGGAUAAUGUCUCUGGUUUCCAUAAUCCUUAUUGCAUUGUUCAGAAUUAUGUUAAAGUUUAUUUGGUUUACCUUUUCCUAGUUCCUAAAGAAAUAAAAAAAAAAUAUACAUUUUAAA